AUGGUGGCGACGAGUUUCCACGAUGUUUCCUCAAACGCGGCGUCCGUCGUGAUGGUCCGAGGUUUCGCACACACGGACGACGAGAAGAAAUACGGUGAGGUACGACUCUAUCCGACUCGAGUGCGCUUCGUGACGGGCGUAGCUCAAGCCUAUGAGGACGAAUUCCCGUCUGAACUCAGUCAUUUGCAGGUGAAGGAGGCGGAAUUUGAAGUCGCUAUCAACCAGAUAAACAACACGAUGCAGGACUACUGGCCGUGUUUCUUCUGUAUUUGCUGCGGAUACGGCUGCUGCCCAUGCACCCUGGGGCUCUCCCUAUUUUGUCCCAAUUUUUGCAUCAGAGACGCCGAGCAGUAUGUGCGUGCACUUCUGACAAGGAUAAACAAGCGACUUUGUUUCGAGCGAGCUGGUGUCGAGUGGCAGCUAGUUCGAUCGUGGGGCCAGUCCUGGAUCCAGAUCACGUACCCGCUAGUGCUGAAGAAGCCGCCCCUGGUAAGUUUUUAUAAACAACCAAUAUCUAGCUCCCCAGCGUUGUCCGUUGCAACCCCACUUGUUCCAUAA